CAGCUGCUAGAGAUUAAUUGACGUCAUCGACUCAUCUCCAAUGGAGGAUGAUGAUUGCUUGUGGAAGGGAAUACUCGGCAAUGGCGAGGUCGCGUCCGAGAAGAAGAAGCAGCAGCAGCGUGGGCAGGCGCCACAGGAGAGCGGCGACAGCGCGCUGCGGCGCGCGGCGCGCCGGCUGCUCCCGUGCGUCGCAUGCCUCGUCGUGGCCGCCCACGUCGCGGCGUGCGCCUACCGCGCGGCGGGCGACCCGCGCGAACUCGCCUUCGUCGCCGCGGCGUACGCCAUGCUCGCGGCGCUCCUCUGCUGCGUCGGCAGGUUCGAGGCGCUCGCCGCCGCCGCCGCCAGCGCCGCGGCGGCGGCGGCGAGGGAGCGCCUGAGGCUGCCCGUCUGGGUGCUGUCGACGGCGCUGACCGCCCUCUUCUCGGCGCGCGUCGCGCCCGUGAUGCCGCCGCCGCUGGACGCGCUCGUCGUGGCCAUGGCGGUGCUCGUGGCCGUCGGCGGCUUCUGCUUGCUGUUCCUCUGCGACGCCGGCAAUGUUGAGCCGGACGACGACGACGGCGACGACGACGACGACGAGACAGCUUCUGAUCAUGAUGAGAAAGUGUGAUUUCAAUUAACGGACUGUCCAGAUUACGCUUAAUCAAGUCUUACACUUGAAGCAACGUAUCAUUUCUUCGUAAUUAAUCACAAAUUAACUAGGAAACAAUCAAAUAUAUGUGCAGAAUUUGAAGACGUAAGUGAGAAAGUUUAGCAGAUAUAUAGUGUUGGUGUGUGUAUGUGCAGUGUGAUAUUUUUCUUGCUUAUUAUGUGUUGACUUAA